AUGAAGAAACUGAAGGUUGUAAUGAUCAGAAAUCAUGGUCCUGAUCCUGCAAAACUGACCAACUUGUCGUGUCUCAGCUCAUUACCGAACCUGAGACGGAUUAGAUUCGAGAAAGCUUCAAUCACUUUGCUUGACAUCUCCAGACUCCAGCUCAAUAGUCUUGAGAACCUAUCUCUAUGGUUGUGUCAUGUAGAUGAGUCUUUAAACGAGUUACAAGUUGAUGUUUCUAAGACUCUACAGAGUUUACAGGAAAUCGAAAUUGAUUAUUGUUACAAUCUUGUUGAGUUACCACAUUGGUUCUCUCAAGUUGUUUCACUGAAGAAGCUUAGCAUCACAAACUGUAACAAGCUUUGUGGACUCUUUGAAGCUAUAGGCAAUUUGAGGAACCUUGAAAUGCUUAGACUGAGUUCUUGUAGUAAUCUCUUUGAGCUUCCUGAAACGAUCGAGAGACUCAGCAAUCUGCGGUUUCUAGAUGUUUCCGGAUGCUUCCAGUUGAAGAAGUUGCCUCUAGAGAUCGGAAAGUUGCAGAAACUGAAGAAGAUUUUGAUGAGAGAUUGUUACCGAUGCGAGUUGCCAGAUUCAGUGAAGGGUCUAGAGAAUCUGGAGGUGAAAUGCGACGAAGGGACUGUGUUCUUGUGGGAAAGACUCAAACCAAAAAUGAAGAAUCUGACGAUCACAGAAGAGGAGACAGAACAUAACCUCAACUUGCUUCAACUAUUCUAA